GUUUCCACGCGCCUCGGCAUCCAAAAACACCUCGUUGUUUCUUCCACAGAAGACGAGGAGACAAAAGGAGGGCGGAGCUACCCACUAUCGUCUUCAGCGCAUUCUCCGAGUGAGUUGGCUGCGUCAAAUAUUUCUGCAGUUUCUCGUAAAGCUACAGCAGCGCCGUGCUUUUACUUCUUCUUUUGUUCUCUUUCCGAAAUUUUAGUUCAAGGGAAGGAAUCGAAUCCGAAUUUAGAAUCGGAAUUCAAUUAUCUUCGUGCCCUAUCAGGGCUACACGACAGAUUAUUGAGCAUGUAUCUCUUGAUUUAAAUACUCCUGAAUCUUGGAUUGCUGAUAUUGUGAUGCAAACGCGGAAUAAGAGUAGGAAGAGGAAGAGUUUGGAGUGCGGAAUGCCUGUAACUGAGUCAGCUAAUGCAAAUGCUCUGGGUGAUGCAUUUUCUGUGGAAGAGAUAGUGCAGUACCCAUUGCCUGGUUAUGGAGCUCCGACUGCGAUUAGUUUUAGCCUUGAUGAUAGUUUGAUAGCAUAUUUAUUUAGUCCUGAUCAAACUUUGAAUAGAAAGUUGUUUGUGUUUAAUCCCAAGAGUGGUAAGCAUGAGCUGUUCUUUAGCCCUCCUGAUGGUGGUCUUGACGAGAAUAAUUUAUCGGCUGAAGAGAAGUUGAGAAGGGAGAGGUUACGGGAGCGUGGCUUAGGCGUGACACGCUAUGAAUGGUUGAGAAAAGGUCUAAAGAAAAAAAAAAUGAUGAUACCUCUACCAGUUGGGAUCUAUAUUCAGGACAGCGCAGGUAAACCGGAACUUAAGCUCCCAAGCGUGGCUGGUUCUCCUAUCUUAGAUCCACAUGUCUCUCCUGAUGGCACUUUGCUAGCUUAUGUGAAGGAUAACGAGCUUCACGUGUUAAACCUUGUAACUAAUGUGUCAAAGCAGUUAACUGAUGGUGCCAAGGAGAAUGCCAUAACACAUGGACUUGCAGAGUUCAUAGCACAGGAGGAAAUGGAUCGAAAACAUGGAUACUGGUGGUCCUUAGACGGCAGAUACAUUGCCUUUACUGAGGUCGAUUCAUCUGAGAUACCUCUCUUCCGGAUCAUGCACCAAGGAAAAGAUUCUGUGGGUUCAGAUGCUCAAGAAGAUCAUCAUCCUUAUCCUUUUGCAGGUGGUUCAAAUGUAAAAGUCCGCUUGGGAGUUGUAUCUGCCACUAACGGACGAAUUACUUGGAUGGAUCUACACUGUGGAGGAGAAGAAUCAAACGAUGAGGAAUAUUUGGCGAGAGUUAAUUGGAUGCACGGGAACAUUCUUACAGCUCAGGUUCUGAAUCGAAAGCAUACUAAACUGAAGAUCCUCAAAUUCGAUAUUAAAACAGGGGAGAUGGAAGUCGUAUUGGAAGAAGAAAAUGAAACAUGGAUUAACUUGCAUGAUUGCUUCACCCCUUUAGAUCGAUUACCCAAGAAAUCGACCGGAGGAUUUAUUUGGGCUAGUGAAAAAACAGGAUUCAGGCAUUUAUAUUUGCACGAUCUAGAUGGCACGUGUGUGGCAACACUUACGCAAGGCGAUUGGAUGGUCGAGCAAGUUGCUGGGGUGAACGAGGCUACUGGGACCGUGUAUUUUACCGGAACUUUAGAUAGUCCUUUGGAAUCUCAUCUUUAUAUGGUCGAUUUAUAUCCGAAGACGAAUACAGGCCAAUAUCCCGUAAAGUUAACCACCGGAAAAGGCAAGCAUUUGGUCGCGCUUGAUCACCAGUUGCAGAGGUUUGUCGACAUCCAUGAUAGCUUGAGUUCUCCCCCGAAAGUUACACUUCAUUCUUUGGUCGAUGGAAGCUUGAUCACAACGCUUUUUGAGCAAAAGCUCGAUCACUUUCCUAGAUUUAAGAAACUCUUGUUCGAGCCACCGGAGGUUGUUCAGUUGGAAGCGAAGGAUGGAACAACGUUGCACGGCACACUGUAUAAACCCGAUGCAGAAAAGUUCGGACCGCCGCCAUACAAAACGAUGAUUCAUGUGUACGGCGGACCCGGUAUUCAAAUAGUCAGCGAUUCUUGGAUGAACUCUGUUGACAUGAGAGCACUAUAUCUGAGAAGUAAAGGCGUAUUAAUUUGGAAGAUGGAUAACCGAGGAACUGCGAGACGCGGACUCAAGUUCGCCGGCGCGAUCAAGCACCGAUGCGGGGAGGUAGACGCCGACGAUCAGCGGACCGGAGCGGAAUGGCUGAUCAAGCAGGGGUUAGCGAAACCCGGUUACGUAGGAGUUUACGGAUGGAGCUACGGCGGAUACCUAUCGGCGAUGUUACUAGCAAAGUUUCCCGACUUGUUCAAAUGCGCGGUGUCGGGCGCGCCCGUCACGUCGUGGGAUGGGUACGAUACUUUUUACACUGAAAAAUACAUGGGGUUGCCUUCGGAGAAUCAGUCGGGAUAUCUGCAGAGCUCGGUGAUGCACCACGUACACAAAAUGACGGGGAAGCUCAUGCUUGUGCACGGCAUGAUAGACGAGAAUGUGCAUUUCAGACAUACGGCGAGGCUCAUCAACACGCUGAUCGCCACUUGUAGGCCAUAUGAGCUUUUGGUAUUCCCUGACGAGCGGCACAUGCCCCGGAAGCUUUGGGAUCGAAUGUACAUGGAACGCCGGAUCACGGAUUUCAUCGACCGGAGUUUGUAGUCGGAAAAAGGCUGCUGCAGCUGCUGCUUGUUCUUGUUGAAGUAAGUUAGAACAAAUUUUGUCUUUCAAUUUGGAAGAAAGAUGAAUAAUUCUGUGCCUACUUUGAACUCAACUGUUUAAUUUCUCUUCAAAUUACUCUGCUCUGCUCUUCCUUGUCUUUUUUUCUACUAUAUGAGUACAUGAAAAAUGCCCAAUA